CCUCUUGUUCCUUCUCUCAUUGGCCCGUCAGCUGUGCUCGGCGUGUUCCCGGACACCUCGUGUCUCGUAAGAUUGCGAAAUCACCGACAAUGGAGGAGGUUACGAAGCUGGAACACCUGUCUCUGGUGUCGAAGAUUUGCACAGAGCUGGAAAAUCACUUGAGUUUGAACGACAAAGACUUGGCCGAAUUUAUUAUUCAUCUGGCCGAGAAAAACAACACAUUCGCAACGUUCAAGAAGGUAUUGAUCGAGAAUGGGGCCGAGUUUCCGGAUUCCUUCAUGGCGAAUCUCUUGAGGAUAAUACAGCACAUGAAGCCUGCCAGAGCGGAGAAGCCGUCCGUGAGUAAGCAGGAUGAACUGGCUGAAAAAUUUCCCGCAUUAGCGCUGCCGAACGAGGAGCGUUUGAGCAGGAAGGACGACGAGGAUAUCGUGAACGACGUAAUGGCCUCUCUGGAAGCGUUCGCGCCGUCGAGUAAGAAGCGAGCAACCGCGAGCAGCGAGAGGAGCAACGGGCAGGAGGAAAGGAGAAGCAAACGCGCGAGAAGAUCGCGAGACGGACGGAGGCGACACAGAUCGCGUUCCCGGCGCAGAUCGAAAGAUCGAACGCGGCGAGAAGGUCGCAGGAGGUCGUUGUCGCGCAGACACUCGAGGAGACGUUCGAGGUCCGUCGAGGAGCAGCUCUCCGUGGAGCCGGAAGUGGGUAAGAUUUACGCCGGUAAAGUGGCGAACAUCGUGCCGUUCGGCUGCUUCGUCUCGCUGGAGGGCCUGAAGCGCAGGUGGGAGGGCCUGGUGCACAUCUCGCAAUUGAGGAGGGAGGGCCGCGUGGCCAACGCGAGCGACGUGGUCUCCAGGGGCCAGAGGGUCCUCGUGAAGGUCCUCAGCGUCGGCGGGCAGAAGGUGUCGCUGAGCAUGAAGGACGUGGAGCAGGAGACCGGCCGCGACCUGAAUCCCGUCGUGCCGAUCGCGAAGGCCGAGGAGGACGAGAAGCACCUGCGCAAUCCGGACCGGCCGACGUCGCUGCUGGAGCUGCAGGGGAAUUACGACGAGGACGAGACGUACUCGCGCAAGCGCGUGCAACGGCUCUCCUCGCCGGAGAAGUGGGAGAUCAAGCAGAUGCUGGCGGCCUCGUGCAUCGACAGGAGCGAGCUGCCGGAGUUCGACACGGAGACGGGCAUCCUGCCGCGCGAGGACGACGAGGAGGAGGACGUGGAGAUCGAGCUGGUGGAGGAGGAGCCGCCGUUUCUGCACGGCCACGGCAGGGCGCUCGGCGACCUCAGCCCCGUGCGCAUCGUCAAGAACCCGGACGGCUCGCUGGCGCAGGCGGCGAUGAUGCAGAGCGCCCUGGCGAAGGAGCGCAGGGAGCAGAAGAUGCUGCAGCGCGAGCAGGAGAUGGACUCGGUGCCCACCGGGCUGAACAAGAACUGGAUCGACCCGCUGCCGGAGGCGGAGAGCAGAACCCUGGCGGCGAACAUGCGCGGCAUCGGCCUGCAGACGCAGGACCUGCCCGAGUGGAAGAAGCACGUGAUAGGCGGCAAGAAGUCCUCCUUCGGCAAGAAGACCAACCUGACGCUGCUGGAGCAGCGGCAGAGCCUGCCGAUCUACAAGCUGCGCGACGACCUCGUAAAGGCCGUGACGGACAAUCAGAUCCUGAUAGUGAUCGGCGAGACCGGCUCGGGCAAGACUACGCAGAUCACGCAGUACCUGGCGGAGGCGGGGUUCACGGCGCGCGGCAAGAUCGGCUGCACCCAGCCGAGGCGCGUCGCCGCGAUGAGCGUGGCGAAGCGGGUGGCCGAGGAGUUCGGCUGCUGCCUCGGCCAGGAGGUCGGCUACACGAUCCGCUUCGAGGACUGCACCGGCCCGGAGACCAGCAUCAAGUACAUGACCGACGGUAUGCUGCUGCGCGAGUGCCUGAUGGACCUCGACCUCAAGAUGUACUCGGUGAUAAUGCUGGACGAGGCGCACGAGCGCACGAUUCACACCGACGUGCUGUUCGGCCUGCUGAAGCAAGCGGUCGGCCGGCGGCCCGACCUCAAGCUGAUCGUCACCAGCGCCACCCUCGACGCCGUAAAGUUCUCCCAGUACUUCUUCGAGGCGCCGAUAUUCACGAUACCCGGCCGCACCUUCGAGGUCGAGGUGAUGUACACGAAGGAGCCGGAGACGGACUAUCUCGACGCCGCCCUCAUCACCGUCAUGCAGAUCCACCUGCGCGAGCCGCCGGGCGACAUUCUGCUCUUCCUCACCGGCCAGGAGGAGAUCGACACCGCGUGCGAGAUACUUUACGAGCGCAUGAAGUCGCUCGGCCCGGACGUGCCGGAGCUGAUCAUCCUGCCGGUCUACUCGGCCCUACCCUCGGAGAUGCAGACGAGGAUAUUCGAGCCGGCGCCGCCCGGCUCGCGCAAGGUCGUCAUCGCGACGAACAUCGCCGAGACCAGCCUGACGAUCGACGGCAUCUACUACGUGGUGGACCCGGGCUUCGUCAAGCAGAAGGUCUACAAUUCCAAGACCGGCAUGGACAGCCUGAUCGUCACGCCGAUCAGCCAGGCGGCGGCGAAGCAGCGCGCCGGCCGGGCGGGCCGGACCGGCCCCGGUAAGUGCUACCGCUUGUACACGGAACGGGCGUAUCGCGACGAGAUGCUGCCGACGCCGGUGCCGGAGAUCCAGCGCACGAAUCUCGCCACGACGGUGCUGCAGCUCAAGACGAUGGGCAUCAACGAUCUCCUGCACUUUGACUUUAUGGACGCGCCGCCGGUCGAGUCGCUCAUCAUGGCGUUGGAGUCGCUGCACAGCCUGAGCGCCCUGGACAACGAGGGCCUGCUGACGCGUCUCGGCCGACGGAUGGCCGAGUUCCCCCUCGAGCCGAACCUCUCCAAGAUGCUGAUCAUGAGCGUCCACCUCCAGUGCUCCGACGAGAUUCUCACCAUCGUCAGCAUGCUCUCCGUGCAGAACGUCUUUUACCGGCCCAAGGACAAGCAGGCCCUGGCCGAUCAGAAGAAGGCCAAGUUCAAUCAGGCCGAGGGCGAUCACUUGACGCUGCUGGCGGUCUACAACUCCUGGAAGAACAAUAAGCUGAGCAACGCCUGGUGUUACGAGAACUUUGUGCAGAUACGGACGCUGAAGCGCGCCCAGGACGUGCGCAAGCAGCUCUUGGGUAUAAUGGACCGGCACAAAUUGGACGUUGUGUCGGCCGGCAAGAACACCGUGCGCAUACAGAAAGCGGUCUGCUCCGGCUUCUUCAGGAAUGCCGCGAAGAAGGAUCCGCAGGAGGGAUACAGGACGCUCGUCGACAGCCAGGUGGUUUACAUACAUCCGAGCAGCGCGCUCUUCAAUCGCCAGCCGGAGUGGGUGAUCUACCACGAGCUGGUGCAGACUACCAAAGAGUACAUGAGAGAAGUGACGACCAUCGACCCCAAGUGGCUGGUGGAGUUUGCGCCGGCGUUCUUCAAAUUUAGCGACCCCACCAAGCUCAGCAAAUUUAAGAAAAAUCAGAGACUGGAGCCGCUUUACAACAAGUACGAGGAGCCGAAUGCAUGGAGGAUAUCCAGGGUUCGCAGACGGCGCAAUUAACUUUUCAUUUCAAAACGAGCGAUUGGACUGGUAGAUACUUUUAUUGCGACAAGAAGCAUUUCGUGUGUGUGUGUGUAUUCAUCUCGCUUAGGAAACAAGUGACGAAAACAAUCUGUAAUGUUGCGAACGUUUAGAUUCGAUAUUUUUUAUUAUCCUUGUAUAAACAGACAUCAUAGAAAACGUGAUGCGAAACGUAUUAUAUACAAGAAUGCAGCUGUAAGAUGAAGAUUAUUUACAAAUUGCGUGUAUAUAUACUUGUAAACAUUUUGUAAAUAUAAAUGUAUCGAUUCACGUUGUGUAUCUCUGGUGUAUUCCUCCGGUAUAUUCGUAAACCUGCUUUUUCCGCUAAAAUAUAUAUAUAAAUUCUAAUAAUCAGUCUUUCAGAAAAGAGGACAGUUUUGUGAGAUUACAAGUUUUCAGUCUUUUCCCUCUUGAUUGAUUAUUAAAUUUAUUAAAUAAAUACAUUCUCGAUAAACAUUCAAUAAGAUGACAGGUGGAAGAACAUUUAUUUAUUUAUUUUUUUUCCUUUCACUCGUUCUUCGCUUUUUUUUUCUUUUAGAUUGCACUGUAGUAAUAACCGAGUCAAUUAUUCGUGGACGCAUAUACAUACAACGCGAAACUCGAUCGAAGUACGUGUUUGUAUACAAAAGGAAUCCGUAAGAAAUUUAUAAUCUUUCAGAAAAGACGAAUCGAUAUAUGUAUAUAUUGUAGUCAGGAAAUAUCACUUCUCGCUUCCGUGCUUGAGAUUCGGUUUCUUUUGUUUUUAUAUGGUAGUUCAAUAAUACUAUUUCUUGGCUCGAACUGGUAUAAAGUGCAUUCUCGGAAAAAACA